AGGACCACAGUGUCGCCUCCCUCGGAGGGGCCGCCAGGACCACAGUGUCGCCUCCCUCACCCAGGGCUCACUGCCGGCGGGAUAUGCGGCCCUGAGUCCUUGCCCUGGGAGCUUGCAGAGGCAGCGGCCUUGCUAUACUUGGUCGCAGAGGCGCUCGAGACCCCAGAAGGGCGCCUGGCCCCCCCCUGGGCGUGCAGUUCCUGUUGCAGAGCGAGCGAAAUGGAAGUGACAGGGCGGGCAGCGCUCCCCACAACUCGGCGGCUCCGUGCGGAGCUUCUCUCACGGGCUCCGACACCCUCUUCUGUCAUUUUGGAGACCAGCUUGGGAAAGCGCCGUUUCCCUGUAAGGUUUGGUAGCGCGACGCGGGACUGCUGCUGGCCAGGCUCGGCCCUGGGCCGUUAUAAAUCGUGUCGAGUCCAGUUUUACUGCCACUACUGACCCCUUUUUAGUGGGGCUUUCCAGACACCUGCAGGAGUUGAGUCUGGCACGGCCCGGUGUUCAUCUCGUGUUUCUGAGGGCCCAGCCUGGCCUGUGCUCCCAGUCUCCUUGCAGUACUUAGCCCAGUGUGGACUUGAGUGCUGCUGACUCCCACACCUGCCUGUGGGUUUUCCUCGAGGCCCAGGGACCCAAGGUCCACCGGCGGGGGCAGCGUCCUCGGGCCCCUGCAGCUGCUCCUCUUGGCUGCCAAGACAGGACUUUCUUCUACAACAGCUGGGGCAGGCUUUCCGUAGCAGCUACGGGAGCUCCGCUUCCAGGCCCCCAGGCGCCACCCGUCCCCUGUCCUGACAAUACCUGACCCAGGUCUGAGAUACGGUUCCUGAAAUCUGAACAGUCCUAAGCGAUUCUUAGAAGUGGGCGAGCCCCCAACCAACCUUAGUUUCACCGAAAUGCCCCAGAGUAGGUUUACAAAAGACUCGUGAGAGUAACAAUGGCAUUGAGAUGGGGGCCAGGAAUGAGGGCCCGUUAGGAGUGGUGGAGAGGAUUUACACGGGAGGGGCCCUGGCUGAGGCUGGGGGGACAGGGAGGGUUCUCCUGACGCUGGAAAGGGGGGCUGCAGCCCGUAGGUGUGCAGAGCCAGGGUCCCUGCAGGGCGGGCUUCCUGCCUCCUUCCCCUGGAACCCAAGUCUGUGGGAGCGAACCAAGUGGAGCAAAGGGUGGGGGUGGACGAAAGUGGAAGAGCCCACGCGACCAUCAGCAGAUGAGUGGGUAGACGGGCGAGGACUCAGCUGUAAAGCCGUGUGGAUGAGCCCUGGUGACAUGAUGCUCGGCAAGAGAAGCCACUCAAAAGGCCACCUAUCGUAGGAUUCCAUUUCUAUGAAGCCCGUGAAAUAGGCAACUCCACAGGGAUGUUAAGUAGAUUGGAGGUUGCCAGGGGCCCGGAGGAGGCUUCAGGGUGAGGUGACGAGAAAGUUUUGGAAAGCAAGGUAAUCUUUGCCCGACACUGUAACUAAUGCCACUUAAAAAGGGUUGCUAUGGCAACUUUUGUUGUAGGUAUGUUACCACAAUUUGAAAACUACUAAUGUAAUAUAUCAAAAAUCACUGAACUGCACCCUUUAAGUGGGCAGAUUUUAUGGCAUGUGCAUCUAUAUCUCAAUAAAACUGGCUGCCCCAAGGUAGCUUCAAGAGGUCCGGACGCUGAGUGCACCCAGGUUGGCCUAGCAUCGAACCAUCGGUCCCAGCGUCCCCGUGCCGUGCCUGGGCGACGGUUUCUGGUUCAGACAACCUGACUGGGGAUCUCUGAUAUCACCCACACACUCACACAACAAGGGCCCCUCGAGGGUCUUUUACUCAAUCGCAGCCCCGUCCCUGGAGACCUGGGGCUCUUGAGCAGACGCUGCGUGCACCUCCUCUGUGCACCUGCUCCCACACCUGCAGAUUCUUUCAUCAUCAUUAGUAUUUACUGCUCGCUUCCCGUGUGCCGGGGUUUACACACGUGGGGGAAACGGAGGGCCAGCUGAGGACUUGAGAGGCCGUGGGCCCCGUAGCCAGCCUGGGCAGCGGCCGCGAUGCUGUGCCUGGGUGUCGGCACCCCUCUCCCUGAGCUGGGACAGGAGCAGGGCUUGGCCUCUGCUCUGGAUGUGUCCCCAGGACCCCCUUUGCCCAAAGCUGGCCACCAGAUCUUUGGGUGGGAGCAGACGCACAUCAGAGUUUCACCGUCUGAGGAACCCGCCUGACGUUAGGACCACGACUGGGGGGUUUAGAACAACAGAAGUUUAUUCUCUUAGUUUUUUUCUUUCUUUCUUUUUGAAAUGUUUAUUUAUUGUGUGUAUGAGAGAGAGAAUCCCAAGAAGGCUCCGUGCUGUGAGCAGGGAGCCCGACGCGGGGCUCGAUCUCACGAGCUGUGAGAUCAUAUAACCUGAGCUGAGAUCAAGAGUUGGUCGCUUGCCGACCUCUUUGGGCCGUGGACCUGGGGCGGUGAAGGAGCCGAGAAAAAGACGACAGUAUAGCGAGGCACAGGGGACCCCGAGCCAACCGCCCGAGGCCCCGAGGUUUAUUGUACAUCUUCUUUUAUACUUUUACAGAGCUACAGAUCCACGACGAUUAACUGUAGAAGGUUAGUAAGGCGUGGCAACAAAGGACAUGUGGUUCAGCUAAAGCACAAACGUACGUUGCCAUUGCGUGCAAAGGCUUUCUUGCAGAUACGUAGGCUAUGAUAGGAAUCUUUAUGCCAGGAUGAGAAACAAAGAGGAGAGUGAACACGCUGUGUUAUUUACAGCUGGCUUCCUUUAAGCAAAACAUCCUUGUCUUCCUACUAGAGAACAGGCCACAUUUCCCAAGGGCAUUUCGCUCCAUUUCUUUCGCAUUAUUUUUAACCCUAUGAUCUCGAGCUUUCUCAGAGAUCUUGGAGCCUGAACGAAUAUGCCCCUGUGGUUAUUGUGGUGUUCUGUUUCCCACGGUCGCUCAACCGACUGAGCCCCGCAGGCGUCCCCACGCUCUCAGUUCUUGAGGCCAGAAGUCUGAGGCCAAGGUGUCAGCAGGCCCAGCUCCUGGUGGCCCUGGGGAGCCCUGGGCACAAGACAGCAUCUCCCCAGCAUCUGCCUCAUCAGCACAUGGACCCUGUGUGUCUUCUGACACUUGUCACUGGAUUCAGGGCCCAACCUACCUCCCAGCAUGAUCUCGUCUCGAAACCCUCAGCUUAACCCUCAGCAAGGACCCGAUUUCCAAGCGAGGCCCCAUUUACGGGUUUGGGGCACAUGUUAUUUGGGGGGCACUGUUCAACCCGCCAGAGCCCUCAUGUCCAACUUUUGUGGGACCCUCAAGGGUCAGAGGACAGCUGCAUAACGUGAUGCGUCUCACAGGUCAUAUGACUGCGCUGGCCCUGGGGUGCGAGGCUGGGGCGGACCAUGCCUGCUGUGCUGCAAAGCCAGGGUUGGUCCCGCAGGGUCUUGGAGGGGCGGGGACAGACAGCCUGUGUGCUGUAGGAAUACAUCCACCUAGGGUCAGGAAAAGUAAACGGCCUUUGUCUUUUCCAAAAAAAAUUUAGGGGCCCCUGGCUGGCUUAGAAGAGUGUGCAACUCUUAAUCUCCGGGUUAUGAGUUUGAGCCCCAUGUUGGGUGUGGAGAUUGUCUAAAUAAACACUUAAAAAUUUUUUUUUUAACUUUCUCUUAAAAUGUAAUUUCAAAACACUACCUUCUCCAGGGUUACUGUUUCGUGCAUCAAGGCCCCCCAAGAUGUCGGAAAGGAGAAGUGGGGUCCGCUCCCCCUUCUCCGCAUGGCUGUAGGAGGAGGAGCGUGUGCCCAGGGGCGGCCCGUGUGCGUGUGCUGUCCGUCUGCCCACCGGACCCACCCGGACACUGUGGCUGGUGCAGAGGCCCUGGCGUCCUCAUCGGGCACCGGGGUGGGGAGGGGCAAACGGCCCACGGAGGGGCUCCCUGUACAGCGGAGCCCCUGCCUGGUAGGGAGGGGGGUCAGGUAGAACAAGGCCGGCCUCCCACCCAAACAAGUGGUUCUGGCCUUCGGAAUCUGCUCUCGUGCUUUUUGUGAACUGGGGACUAUUUUGUUUGUGGGCCUGGGCGGCCACUGAGGGGUCUCCUUCCCACGUGAGGGCCUUCGUGCUCAGGAGUUUCUGAGUAAAUCAGCCCAGGUCCCUGAGGAUCAUGGGUCUCCUGCCCUGUCUCGGUGGGUGUGGGGGCACAGCCUUCCAGGCCAGUCCCUGCAAACCUUCCACUCACCUGGGAGGCUCUCUGGGCCCUGGGCUGGGGUGUGGGGAGGGAGGGCAAAGGAAGAGCCCACUCGGGGAGGGUCUGCGUCAGGGUGGGACCCAGUGCCCCUUAUGCUCAGAAUCGAGAGAGAAAGCAGUCUCUCUUAGGAGCACACGCAGGCGCUGCGGGCAGUUCGUCUGGUGCUUGGAUUGGGACACUUCCCUGGUGGCCUGAGGUGUCCCGUUCGGAGCCCACCAGCCCUCCCCACCCUCAGGUGCACGCCGGGCUCCUCGUGAAGCCAGAAGUGUCCCUAGGCUGAGCAGACACAGCGUUUUAUUUGUUGAAGGAAAUUACCGUGGGCAAUGAACACAUCAUUAGCGGCAUAAUCAGCACACGCGCCUUCCCGCUGGGGACGCCACAUCUUGUCAACAGGUGUAAUCCGGCAACGGCCCGGGGAGGCCGGGAACGGGCUGCAAUUAGUAGCUAAUGAGGACGCCUGCCAUGACCUGUUCCUCCUCGGGAGAGACCGGUGCGGGCCUGAGGGGGGAGGGUCACACAGAGAGCGCUGGGGCUCCCAGGGUCCUGCCUCCACACCCACCCGGCGCAGGAAGCAGCAGAAAGAGCUGGUCGGCCACAUGGCCUCACUGCUGCACACGUGUCCCUAGGUCUGGGAGGUUGGCUCCGCUUCAGCCCUGGACGCCGAAGCCGUCUCAGCGGGGGCGCGCCGGCAGGAAGCCCCCUUUGCCUGACCAGGUGCCAGAAAGCGCCAGGAAGGCCCCGGGACGUGGCCGGCCACUUUCUGUGGCUGGGCCUCUGGGCUGUGGCCUAGGAAGUGUGGCCUGGGGCACAGUCCACUCUUGGAGGGCGCGCCUGAGGCUGGUCAGGCUUCGAGGCAUGCAGCUCGGAGCGGGAGCGGGUGGGGGGAGCGAGGCGACUCUCUGGGGGCGGGCUGUGGGGCUCGUUUGUGGCACUCUCCCCCUGGCCCUGAGCUGCCUCUGCGUCUGCAGUUUGUAGUCAGCCCCCAAGUCAUCAAGGGGGCCAUCUGGGGUGUCUGGAGGCAGAGCUGAGACUGCUGGGUGGUGCGGGGCCCCCUCAGGAGCCCCCAGGCCUCCGGGCCCACGCACCCUUGGUGCUCACGUGCUUCGGCUCUGCAGCCCACCCACCCGGCAGUCCCUCCACGUGUUGUACCUGCAGCCCCCUCGGCCAUUGCCGGCCACACCCAUGCUCACGGCGGGCUGACCAGUCCAGGAACCCCUGGUCGGGUGAAGCGGGUCCCACUGGCCUGGCCCUGUGAAGAUGACAGGCUCAGAGGCGGGCAGGGCCACCCAUCCAGACCUCCCCGGGGUCGGGGAUCACACACGUGUCCGUGUUCACAUCUGGCCGAUCGGCAGCACCAGGUUGGUCCUCUGGGGCUCCUUCUUUGGGGGGAUGUGGCAUUUUCCCCACCCUGCUGCCACAUCUGAGCUCCCUCCUAACUCAUCUCUGUGUCCCCCCCCCCCCACCGUCCCUGGCCGUGGCCACUCUGCCGGCAACCCUCACCUAGCCCCCACGGCCCCGGGAGAACCCCUCCCCAGCACCUUCCAAGGUGUUCCAUGGAGCUCCAGGUGGGGCCGGCUCGGACAGCACCCCCCGGGAUAGCUCAGGGGGCUUGACCAGCACGGUGACUGGAGGACCAGGAACCUGGAAGCCCACUUGGUUUUGUCUGUGUGAGGUUUGUAAUUGGUUCGUGAGGUCAGGCCUGGCCCACUGCCUGUGGGCGGGUGACCCCGUGCUUUGGGCCUCGGAGCCGAGCCUGAGACGUCUCAGCUCUUGACGUUUCGGCACUCUUCAGCAGACCCAUCCCAGGCUCCCUUCGCUCCUGCCCUGCCAGUCUCCUCUGGGGACGGCCUCUAGCUCACCUGGGCUGUAGCAGCUGGGAGUAGUGGGGGAGUCCCCCACACUCCGUAGAAGAUAAGGUCUUUCUUGUGCUGGGGGCACUGGGAGGGAGGAGCCCACUGCCUUGGUAUAGAUGGGGUAGGGGAGCCAUUCUGCAGAACAGAAGGGCUCACGGCAGGGUCCGCUCCACCACUGCCCGGACGACACUCUAACGUGGCUGUGACCUGUGAGAGCCGCGGCUCGAUUCCCCGAGGUCCCGGCUCAUCUCUCCAUCUCGGCCUCAUUUUCCCUUCUGUGGUGGCAUGGAGGAAGUGACCUGGGGCCACCUCCACCCUGGGCAGCCCUGACUUCCCCGUGUACCUUAGGGUCCUUGUCAUCCCAAUCCGGACCACUGCUCCCAGCGGUCACCCUGACUGCAGGAGGCACUGGGAGGUGGGGAUGUAUCGAAGCCAGAGAACAGUGAGGAAGCACUUUCACCCUCUGAUGGCCAGGUGAGCCAGCUCCUGCCAGAGCCCGGUCACUCGCCCUUGGAAGCUGUCCUGACGUGCGGUAGGAUCCUUGUGGGUGGCCAGGGGUCUGAGGAGGGACCAGACCUGGAGUCGGUGGGGCCAAGUAGGCCACAGGCCAAGUCUGGUGGGGAGGGGAAACAGGUCACCCCAGAUGCCCUGGCUGCAGUGGCUUCCGAGCAGGCCCAGGACACCUGCCAUGUGGAGGCCAGAGGCCAGUAUUGACUGACCCGGGGAGCUCCACAGAGAGCUGGUCCAGGGCCUGGUCCACGGUCAGCUCCUGGGUGAUGGUGCCUGAGGCCAUGAAGGAGGUGGCCAGCUGGGCUGGCGGGCCUAUCUGGGACCUGGGCCUGGAAGUGGGCAUUGCCCUUCAGUUUGGCUGUCAGGGAGGCACCUGUCCCACUCCAAAGCCCAGCUGGCUUCACUCCUCCCUCCCCGUGCUCGAGACACCGAGCCUCUGGUCCCAACAUAGCAGGUGCUCGGUCGGAAAGACGCAGUCUCCCUGGAGCACGUGGCCACGUCUGAGCGUGAGGGUCCCUGCGGGCAUGUCCUUAGCCCACACUGUGGUUCAGCUCCCUGCGGGGGAGGCAAGUUCUGCCCAUCUGCUCCCAGUGACCGCCCAGGGACGCGAACAGUGCUGGGGUGGGGGGUCAGAGUGAGGGUAGCCCUGCGUGCUGCUGACCCUCACCCCCAGAUGCCUUGCAUGCCAGGAGGGUUCUGCAGAGGCCACUGGUGCUGUGGGGAGCCAGCACCAGGAGCAGCUGGAAGACACCGUCGCGGCCCCUCACUCGGGGGUUGGAGCACAGGGGUGGGGUCACUGCCCAGGCGCCCCCUACCCAACUCAGCACCGGGGCCACCCACCCCCACCUUUUCCUACAUCUGCUGGAAGGCAUCACGGAAGACAUCCCCCCGGAGCAGGGCCAGGAUGGCACCAGCCGUGGCCAGCAGGAAGGGCAGCAGCCCCUGCAGCCCACCUGGGAAGCCACAACAUACAAGGAGCCCCUAGGCCUGGCUGACGCAGAGUGUGGUGCUGGCAGCCUCAGCCCUGGCCCUCACGGACACCAUCGGAAUGUCCAAGAAGACGAGCGGCCACCCAGCUGGUGGCCGUGAGCAGGUCUAUAGCUGUGAGCAGAGGUGAGGCUCAGCAGGGCAGGGGACAUCAGCCGGGUGAAUAGCCACAGCACCCCCCCCCCCACGUCUGCCUCAGGCCAGCUGGGCUGGGUCACUGGUUCCUGUGGCUGCAGUCCCCAUGGCCUCAGGGACACAGCGGCAAAGGGAAACAUCCCUGGCCACCUACUGGACCUGGCCAGUUCUGGGGGGCAGGAAGGGGCCCUCUCGUUUCCUUGAGGCUGGGGCCCAGCUGCAGGCAUGCAGCCACCCCCGGCAAGUGCCACCCGGCAAAGCGGGAAACCGAGGCCCUGGAACCUGCUCGCAGGGCAGUGGCUGAGCGAGAAUGUCGCCCCGGGGGUGCCUGACACCAGAACCGUCCCCACACUCCUCUCUCAAAGCCGAGAGACCUGACUCUUACGUGGGCUCUGGUCAGUCAUCGGACCUCUCUGGCCCUCAGUUUCCUUCUCUGUAAAAAGGUAAAAAGCCAUCUGCGGUGGGUCUUCAUUCACAGAAUGAAUAUUCUGCUCUGGACUGGCGUCAGGGCGGAAACAGGGGCUCAGGGAGAAAGGGGCUGACCUCUCAGAGUCAGGAAGACUGCCAGCCGACGAAGGCUUCCUGGAAGAGGCCACCUGGUGUAGAGACCCGUGGCAGGUCUGCUCCAGGCUCCAGGCCAACCUAGUCUGGUUCUUUUUGUUAUUUUGCCCGCGCUGGGGAACAGGUGUUUCGAGAAACCGGACUGGAGACAGCCUACUGAACUCGGGGCGCGGACCCUGCCGUGCCAGGACGUGGGUCCUGCCAGGGAACCUGGCCACCCACCCUUGGACCCAUGGAGCUGAUCAGAUUAGACGGAAGUGCGUCCACACCAGCGAUCAAACCAGGAGUGACCGUUCACCCGACUGCUUAGUCGUGACCGGAUGCCCUCCCUGAUGAGGAACAGAUUUAGUCCUGUGAACGGGAGAAAAAAGGCCUUUUCUUUUUGUGCAGAAUAAGCAGCCCCACAUUUGUUUUGUUCACCCAGAGAGUGACAAGGCCAGCAAUAGCCUGGGGGCAACCCCUGACAGAGAGGAAGGACAAACGGAGGUCGUGCAUGAGGAAGGAGAAGCCAGCUGCACGCCUGAGCGCAACUUGCAAAACGCGGAGCUGAGCAGCGCUGGGAGGAGACCAGAAACGAAGGCACAUCCAGGUACUCACUGAGCCUCGGGCCCUUCUAGGCUUCGGCUGUCCCUCUCCUUGUUUGACGCCUGCCUGCUAACUGCCAAUUGUUUGUGGAACGGGAAUCCUUCAUUCUGGUGAAGUCAGACUCACCCACAAUCAGCAGAGUGGCCGCACCAGCCAGCAUUCCCACCAGCAGUGCCAAAGAGAUCCUCUCUCUCCGCGUCCUCGCCGGUGUCAGGACUAGUGGGGCGGCCUGCAGAGAUCCUGUGGCGGCACCAGGUGGGGGACCCACCCUUGCCCACUGAGCCUCGUCUCACGGCACGAGAAAUGGGGCAGUGAGACGCUGUGAAGUAAGGCGUCAGCUCCCAACUCGAGCCUGGUACAUGCCCGCGCCCCCCCAGGGGAGGCCCAGGCUGGGGCUGCUCUCCACCUGGGCCCCCCCCGCUCCCGGGUGACUGCCCCCCACAUUCCUGAGACAGGAGCGGCCUGCUCCCAGCUGGCAAGGCCUCCUUUGUUUGGCUCGACUGACCUGAGGGGUGCCGGACUCUUGGCCACCUCACUUCCGGGUUGAGGAAACCAAGGCAAAGGAGGCUCGGGUUUGGUCGAUCGCCCUGAAAGAACCACAGUGCAGGGCCCACUGGCACUAGGGGACGUUCCCAGGGGACUUUCCCAGGGUGUCCUGGGGCCCAGCCCAGUAUCCAGGGCCAAAAGGGGCUGACCAUGGCCUCAUCCACGUGGGGUGGGGACAACGGCCCAGCUGGGGUCUGGGUCACCCGCAGGAACAUGCCUGGGGAGGUGAGGGUGGGGUCACGUCCAUCAGCACUCCUGGCACCUCUAGCCAAGUCUGAGUGGGAGCGGGGGUUAGCCAAGGCUGGUCCCAGGGCCCACCUGGGAGGGACCCUGGCCACCCCAAAGAAGCAGGCUGGGGGGGGCAACCCGACCCCUGCCACCACAGAUGCCCCCUUCCAAGGUCCUUGCCCUCGGCGAGUGUGAGGACCCCCCCCCCCCCAACUCUCCUCAAGGUCAGUUCUGCCCUAGUGCCAGCUGCUCCGGCCACACCGCGUGACCCAGGGCUGGCUGCACAGCGUGUCUGUGCUUGGGGCUGACUAAAUGACCAUGCGUGGAAGACCCAGAACCUGUCCGGCUCCCCUGCCAACUCGCACCAGAAGGACCUGAAGUUGGGAAUGUGGGAACGAUGCAGGACAGAAAAGGAGGCUCGAGAGCAGGCUCGCAGAGGGAGAGAGGGAGACAGAGCUCUGCUGGGGACUGUUUCCACGUCACACACAAACAUGGGCACUCCAGACUGGCGGGAACAGACUUGAAACUGCAGGUCGAGCUCAGGCCACUUCGGAAGCUGCAGACCUGACGGCGGAAGUGCCUCUGUGGCCCCAACCUGGCCUUCCGGGGGUCCCCACCCUACCUGGGACAAUACUCCCUGGAAAGCGGCUCUCCACCCACUUCCACACCCCACACUGGCUGGCAAGGCCCCCUGAACCCCACUCUAAAAAUGCAGGGGAACCACCCCAGAAUCCCUAUCCACCCACUGCCUCACCCAAGGGACUGGCAGACAAUGGCCUUGCAGGCUGCUCUGCCUCCCCUGGGGUCCCGUGGGACCCCCACCCACUGUAGCCUCCUGCUCCUGCUUCUCAGCCUUGGGUGGGUGCUACCUUCCAGGGUCCGGGCUGCAGACUCACGACCGGGUGUCAUGACCCCCUGGCUGCAAGGCACCUCCCGGGACCUGUCUUGGCAGCGGCCUGAGCUGACCGUCCUCCUCCCGAGGGACCGGCGGGACACAGAGAAGAAAGCCUGCCCACCAGAGCGGAGGGCCCGUGUGGUGGAUGAAAACCUUGUCUUCUACGAGCCCUGGGAGCUGGAGGCCUGUGUAGAUGGGGCCCUGCUGGCCGCUCAGAUGGACCGGGUGAACAUGGUGCCCUUCACCUACCAGCAGCUGGGCGUUUUUAAGCGCAAAUUGGACGAGCUCUAUCCACAGGGGUACCCCGAGUCCCUGGUCCGGCACCUCGGGUACUUCUUCCUUGAGCUCACCCCCGAGGACAUCCACAAGUGGAACGUGAUGUCCCUGGAAACCGUGAAAUCUCUUCUUGAAGUCAGCAAAGGGCACAAAAUGGAUGCUCAGGUGGCUGCCCUGAUUGCCCGCUAUCUGGUGGGAGGGGGCCAGCUGGACAAGGCCACCCUGGACACACUGGCCGCUUUCCAUCCGACGUACCUGUGCUUCCUCAGUCCUGAGCAGCUGGAGUCAGUGCACCACAGCGUUGUUUGGGCAGCCCGGCCCCCGGAUCUGGAUGCAUGCCGUCCGGCCCAGAUGGACGUACUCUAUCGCAAGGCCCGCCUUGCCUUCCAGAACAUGAGCGGGUCUGAAUACUUCGAGAAGAUGAAGCUCUACCUGGGUGGGGCCCCCACGGAGGACCUGCGGGCUCUCAGCCGUCAGAACAUAAGCAUGGACUUGGCCGCAUUCCGGACGCUGCGGCCUGAGGCAGUGGUGCCGCUGACCGUUGCCGAGGUCCGAAACCUUCUGGGUCCGAACCUGGUGGGCCUGAAGGCGGCGCGGGAGAGCAGCCCCGUGCGGGAUUGGAUCUCACGGCAGCGGCAGGAGGACCUGGACAGUCUGGGCCUGGGGCUCCGAGGCGGCAUCCCCAAUGGCUACCUGGUCGUGGACCUCAGCUUCCGAGAGGCCCUCUCAGGGGGCGUCCGCCUGCUCCGACCCGGACCUGUGCUCACUGCGGUCCCGACUCUGCUGUGGGCUUUGGUCCCGAACUGAGCCCGCUGCUUUGGAUGCUGGACCCGCCCUGCUGGAGGCCCUGCCUGGCCAAAGUGGCCCCGGUGCUCCCUGGCCCGCCUCAAGGGGACUGGGGUUCAAUAAAAGGACACUUUCCUUCCCUGCA